AUGGCAGAGGUGGAAAUAAUUCAACCAGGUGAGGUGAGCAUGAUAUAGUAUCUCAUUAGACAUUAGUCAAUAGUCAUUAGACUCAGAGACCAAGACUCGUUACUUAAUUUACAUAAACUACUUUUAGUCUUAUAGUUUUAGGUUUUUUAUACUUAUACAUAAUACAUUUUAACGUUCACAUUCAAUAGUAACUCUUCUUAGUGAAUGUUGUUCACUUAAUAUCUAUAAUAUAUUCAUUUUAUUUAGAGUUUAAAUCCUUACUCUUAACUCUUUGGAUAACCAGAAUGAAAUUUUAAUACUAACCCAUUAAGCACCAGCGCUCUCCCCUUGACGAGUAAAAUUGUCUGGCGUUAGACAGUAAAAUCAUCUGGCGUUAGACACAGUAAAAUCAUAUGGCGUUAGACAGAGUAAAAUCAUAAAGUAGGGUGUAUCAGGGCACAAAGCGACUCAAUGGGUUAAGUGUUGAUCAAUGCCCAUUGCCCAAUUGGACCCCAUUGGUCCAUUGACCAUUGAUGCAGUACAUUGUCCUUUGCUUUAAAAGCCGGCUAGAGGCAGAGAGGCCUGACAAACGCCUGAGGGCUAUUAAGACAGGUGACCUCUUUGCCCAUUAUUCCAGUACAAUCAUAAAUAGAAUGAUCAUAAUGUGAUGACUGAUAAAUUGAUAAUUGGAACAAAUAAAUUAAUUUUUAGAACAAGCUUACUUAAAUUGAUGCUCAGAUUUGCUUUUUCUGUUGCAUAGUUUGUGUUUCUUGCAAGAAGGAAUACAGUGGCAGUCAUUUUUGCAAAGUUUGCAAGAAAGCUUACCAUGCUAUUCCACCUUGCUCAACAUCAACUGAUGAAGAUGAAGAAGGAUUAGGUGCAUCAGUGCUAUGUACAAGUUGUGCACAGACUGGCAAAGAGGCUGAGGCUCGACCAAAGGCAAAGCAGCACCCGAGGUCAAGGAUUUCAGAAGAAGGAAAAGCAAUAAUACUGAACUGUCUGGUGCCACUGUAGGUAGUGCCAACAAUAUGAACAAACUUUCAUUGGUUAGGGAUGCAAUUACAUGAAAAAAUUUAUCACAGCAUAUAAGCAUAUUGCAAUGAAUAAUAAUAGGGAGGUAAUUAAGCUUCACGUUUGCAGGAACGGCAAACAACAAGACCGAUUUUCCUUGGCAUAAUUUUUGUUCGAUUUUUGCGUGUCAUAUUUUCUUUCAUAUGACACAAGAAUAGUUAAGCAGUCUAGUUAUAAAACAACAAGCCGAUUUACUUUUAUUGCUUUAUAUAUAGCAUAAAUUUUUUCUUUGCCUGACAUUUGUUGUUAAACAUGAAGCUUAAGCUCUCUAAUACCACAGCAAUUAUCAUGUUUUCUUUAAUAAUUAAAACAAUUUUUCUCUAUAAAAAUGUUCAUUAUAGAAUCUGAGUUCACCAGUUUCUUUAAUCAAGCUGGUAGACAUAAAACAACGUCAGCACCUUUGGCAAAGCGAGCAAAGAGUGGGCACGAGAAAACACCAAUGGGCUUUUGCUUGCUUUGUUUUAAGGAGGGGAAAGCAAAAUUCUGGUUGGCAAGAGGAAACCCAUCCUCUCUUUCUACCCACCUUGCAAAAGCCCAAAGGACGACACUUAAUGAUGCAGUGUCAGAAGGAUCACCUCUUGCUGCGGAGGCAAAGAAAGCCUACCAGCGUCAGUGUGCGGCAAGGUCAUCUGCGUAA